UAAAGGCGCCGCGUCCCCGCCCUGGAGCGGCGCGGCCAUGGCGUACCAGGGCUUCGCGCAGGAGUACCUGGGCAUGCCCGCCGUGACCCGCGCGUACACCACCGCCUGCGUGCUCACCACCGCCGCCGUGCAGCUGGAGUUCAUCACCCCCUUCCAGCUGUACUUCAACCCCGACCUCAUCUUCAGGAAGUUCCAGGUNNGGAGGCUGAUCACCAACUUCCUCUUUUUUGGGCCCCUGGGAUUCAGUUUCUUUUUCAACAUGAUAUUUCUGUACAGGUACUGCCGCAUGCUCGAAGAAGGCUCCUUCCGUGGAAGGACGGCUGACUUUGUCUUCAUGUUCCUCUUCGGAGGGUUUCUCAUGACACUAUUUGGACUCUUUGCCAGCCUGUUUUUCCUGGGCCAGGCUUUCACCAUCAUGCUGGUGUAUGUGUGGAGUCGCAGGAAUCCUUAUAUCCGCAUGAACUUCUUUGGGCUUCUUAACUUCCAGGCCCCCUUCUUGCCCUGGGUCCUGAUGGGAUUCUCUCUGCUCCUGGGCAACUCCAUCAUCAUUGACUUGCUGGGGAUUGCAGUGGGUCACAUCUAUUAUUUCUUGGAAGAUGUUUUCCCCAACCAGCCUGGAGGAAAGAAGUUGCUGUUAACCCCUGGCUUUCUGAAGAUGGUAUUUGACACACCUGAAGAGGAUCCCAACUAUAACCCUCUGCCUGAGGAUCAUCCAGACCACCAACCCAGAGGCCAAGACCAGAACGAGCAGCAUCCACAGUAACACAGGGGACUUCUUCAUGUGGCCAGAUUCCUCUCUUCCGGCUGGACUGAUGCUGUGGCCCAGAGAUCCCACUGGAAUAACACCAGUUGCCAUUCCGACGUGUAACGUGUCACUGUCUGUCUGGGUAACCCAUCCUCCCCUUGUACCGAGCGGAUCCACAGAGCUUUGCACGUGAGAACUGAUGAAUACUAAGAGGUGUUCUAGGGACAGGGACUGAAGCUGUGACAGCUCCUCAGUUACUCAGUGGGGAAUAAGUAUCAAAUGGGGUGUUAAACCAAUUACUCCUUCUCUUUCUGUUAAUGACUUGCUGUGUGCCAGGUCACUCUUGCCCUCUGUACAAAGACUAAUGCACCUGGCCCUCACUGUUGUGAGACCUCUUUGUGGGCUUUCAAUGAAGUAGUACUGUACCAUGGUAGAAUGCAGCUCAGCCUCUUCCUCUCCUUUACCCCACUCCUUUUUUGGUGGUUGUUUCCAAAGAGUCUUUACAUUAAAGUCUUUAUUUUUCGGCUGUGUGUCCAUUUCUGCCAGGGGCAGAGGCAGCAAUCCAUCAGGAAUUUGCUCAGAACUGGCAGGUUGCCUGGGCUUUUAUUUUCUGGUGGGCAAUGCAAGGUUCAGUCUAGCUGGAAGAUGUCCUUCCCCUCUGCUGUCAGCUGGGCUGCAGAGGAUGACAAGGGGUCUGGGGGGUGUCUAAUGGGAGAAAGGGGUGCCUGGGAAAGGACAGGGGACUGAGCUGGACACUUGAUCCAGGCAGUGACUGGAAGCAGCACUUGACACUGGUAAUAAAGACUCUCUGCACCUGCAGUGUAA